GGCGCGCAGGCGCAGAAUUGCUCCGGGACUGAGGGGCACGGUGUGGAGGAGUCGUGCUUCUCUCUAACCACGCCUUCUCAUCUCCAAAUGGGCCGGAAGAAGUCUGCUCGGGGCUUCGGCCCCGACCGGGCCAAAGGCGGUGGCAGGCGGUCUCAAGGCUUUUCUCGGGCCGCUCGCUCCUUAGACAGCUUCACUGAGGAGGUUGAAGCGGCGCUUCUCGCCUCUGUAGAAGAAGAUGCUUCUGCUGAAGGUGCCUCUUCCAAGCUGAAACUGCCCUGCCCCCUGGCCAUGUGGGAGCUGGGCCACUGUGACCCCCGGAAGUGCACUGGCAGGAAGCUGGCCCGCCAAGGUCUAGUUCGAACUCUCCGACUGAAUCAGAGGUUCAAUGGGCUGAUCCUCAGCCCCAUGGGCACCCACUAUGUAUCGCCGGCAGAUAAACAGCUGGUAGCUCAGUGUGGAGUUGCAGUCAUUGACUGCUCCUGGGCCAAGCUAGAAGAAACUCCAUUUGGGAAGAUGCGAGGGACCCACCUUCGUCUGCUGCCCUACCUGGUGGCUGCCAACCCUGUCAACUAUGGGCGGCCCUGCAAACUGUCCUGUGUGGAGGCUUUUGCUGCCACUUUUUGCAUUCUGGGCUUUUCUGAUCUUGCUAUUAUCUUGCUACGGAAAUUCAAGUGGGGAAAGGGAUUUCUGGACCUGAAUGGUCAGCUCCUAGACAAGUAUGCAGCCUGCAGUGGCCCUGAGGAGGUGCUACAGGUUGAAAAGGAGUUCCUGGCUGGUGCUACAGAGAAACCUGAGGAGGACAUAGAUCCAUUUGACGUGGACUCCGGUCGAGAAUUCUCAAAUCCUAACAGACUUGUGGUCCCUGCCAGAAGUACUAACGACAGUGAUGAAGAAUCAGAUGAUGAAGGAGAUUAUGAAAGUGAGAAGGAAGAGGAAGAAGAUGAGGAACAGGGAGACAGCAGUGAUGAUGAAAACCCUGAUGAAAAGAAUGGAAAGGCAUCAACUUCUACAGUGAACAGAGAUGUUUGGAAAGGAAUCAAGAAAAGACAAAGAGACUGACUAGUGCUCAAUACAGCUGUAUUUUCCAAACCUGGGUGACAAACCUAGAAAUGGAUUAACUGGACGCGUAGAGACCCAUUUGUUUGUCAGAACUUGGAAUUGGUGAACUGUGCCAACCCUACUCAGGACCUGCAGAACUGGAUAUUUCCAUCUAUUUCAAUGUUUUCCCCAUCAUUUAACUUAGCUGAACUGCUGGAAACUUUUGGGUGGAGUAAAGGAUCUGCUGAGAACCCAGA